CGCAAAGUCACAGUGUCGCAUCUCACUCUCACCAUUUGCAGCAGAACCAAACUUCACAAGCAUUGCAACUGUUGGUAGAGAGCCAUUGGAUAUGGCCCCUUUCCGCUGAGGAGAAGUGAAUCCAGUCUUUCGCUUCUGUACCUUUUUUCUCUCCCUCAGUCUUCUUCAUCGUCCUCAUAAGGCCGCACACACCCCUCCUGAACUUCCAACCGACUUCACUUCUCCACCUCAACCAGCAACACCUUCAUCCCUCCAAGCAUCUUGCUGAGCCAACAAGAUGUUCGCAAUUAGAAACUCAAAGAGCUUCAUCACUCACGCAAUUGCUAGAAGAACCCCCACCAAUCUCAUCAACCUGUCUACAAGAGCAUCAUUCGCCGCUGCCACCAGAUCGGUCUCCUUCAAAGCUCACACACUACCCCGCCAAAUCCCUAACAACACCACCCACAAUGCGCAUGUGCCAGCAGCUGUCCGAUCUUUCUCUGCCACUUCUGCGACCAAGCAUACCCACCUUGCCCCCCCACCAAAGGGCGAAGAGUAAGCAGAGCAAUCUGAGAUCGCAAACUAAAACCAUCUACUGACCCAACUACAGGGUGUACAUCACUUUCGUAAAGGACGGCGAUGAGGAUUUCAAAGUUCCAUGUGCUGUUGGCGACAACAUUCUACACAUUGCGCAAACUCACGAUGUUGAGAUGGAGGGUACGCAUCAUGUUAAUUUGGCAAUGUCAGGUUGAAGCUAAUACAAUAUUAGGGGCUUGCGAAGGAUCGUGCGCUUGCUCUACAUGCCAUAUUAUCAUCGAGGAUGAAAAGAUGUACGACAAAAUCCCCGAGGCCGACGACGAUGAGAACGACAUGUUGGAUCUCGCCUUUGGCUUGAAGGAGACCUCACGUUUGGGCUGCCAAAUCGUUAUGACUCGCGAACUCGACGGCCUUCGUGUCAAGCUGCCAAAUGCUACGAGAAACAUGCAAGCUCAAAACUUCAAAUAAGAGAUGGUUGUCAAUAACAUCCUGCUAGCAGGGAAUUUUCAAUGCAUUUCAGCGUUUGCGAGGGUUGGUUUUUUAACGGGAAAGCAUAUAGCUCGGCGCAAACUUGGAGGAUUUUUGAUGACUUGCUCGUUUACUAUGCAGAAUGCUCUGCGGACAUUUCAAAGUCCAAUCUGUAAAAUAUCACCUGGCGUCUGGGAUUUUCUAGAGGUUCGUCUGAAGCUAUUGGCAGCAGAUAUUUGUGCUAUUAG